UUGUGCAUUCAGCUCUGUACUGGUUCCCGGGCUAUUUUACGCUUGGCCACCAUUGGUUUUGAACCGGAAGUGAAGGCGUAUGAGAAUUGCAGCAUUCAUUCAAUGCGCUGAAUUCAGUUUAAGUUAUUAAAACACCAAGCAGCUAAAAUGAUCGUAGGAGUGAAACGAGAGAGGGAUAUCGAUGAAGACGAAGAGGAAGAGGUGCUGGUGAAAAUUGGCCGUUCUCAGGGUUUUGAAGAUCUAAGAAGCCGCCAUUGUCCAUACCUGGACACAAUCAACAGGAGUGUUUUGGAUUUCGACUUUGAGAAGCUGUGUUCAAUCUCUCUCUCCCACAUUAACGUCUACGCCUGUCUGAUCUGUGGGAAAUAUUUCCAAGGUCGAGGUCAGAAAUCUCAUGCGUACAUCCACAGUGUUCAGUUCACACACCAUGUUUUCCUGAAUCUUCACACACUCAAGUUCUACUGCUUGCCAGACAAUUAUGAGAUCAUUGACUCCUCAUUGGAGGACAUUACGUAUGUGCUGAAACCCACUUUCACCAAACAGCACAUCUCUGGAUUGGAUAAGCAGGGAAAAUUGUACAGAGCCUACGAUGGCACAACAUAUCUGCCUGGAAUUGUGGGUCUCAAUAAUAUCAAGGCCAAUGACUAUGCUAAUGUGGUACUGCAGGCUUUGUCAAAUGUGCCACCUCUACGAAACUAUUUUCUUGAGGAGGAGAACUACCGAGGAAUUCGUCGGCCCCCAGGUGACAUCAUGUUCCUGCUGGUGCAACGCUUUGGGGAGCUCAUGCGAAAGCUUUGGAACCCGCGCAACUUCAAAGCUCAUGUUUCGCCACAUGAAAUGUUGCAGGCUGUUGUGUUGUGCAGUAAAAAGAACUUUCAGAUCACCAAGCAAGGGGAUGCUGUAGACUUUCUCUCCUGGUUCCUGAAUGCAUUGCAUGGUGCCCUUGGUGGUACAAAGAAGAAAUCAUCAAUUCUCACAAAGGUGUUUCAGGGUUCCAUGCAAAUUUUCUCAAAGAAACUUCCCCAUCCAGAUUUGCCUGCAGAGGAGAAAGAAGCCCUUCUUGUGAAGGAGGAGUACCAGGAAGAGAUGUCAGAGUCCACCUUUCUGUACCUGACCCUGGACCUGCCCACAGCUCCUCUCUACAAAGAUGAGAAAGAGCAGCUGAUCAUUCCUCAGGUUCCUCUCUUCAACAUCCUGGGCAAAUUCAACGGAAACACUGAGAAGGAAUACAAGACAUACAAAGAGAACUUUCUAAAAAGGUUCCAGCUCACCAAGCUACCCCCAUAUCUUAUUUUCUGCAUCAAACGAUUCACAAAGAACAACUUCUUUGUUGAAAAGAACCCAACUAUUGUCAACUUUCCCAUCACGAAUGUUGAUUUGCGCGAGUACCUCACAGAAGAGGCGCAAGCUACUGAGAAGAUCACAACUUAUGACCUGGUGGCAAAUGUAGUUCACGAUGGCAAGCCAUCUGAAGGUUCAUAUAGAAUUCAUGUUCUGCAUCAUGGCACAGGGAAGUGGUAUGAACUUCAGGACCUGCAGGUGAUUGAUAUCCUUCCGCAGAUGAUCACACUUUCAGAAGCAUACAUACAGAUUUGGAAGAGACAAGAUAAAGAAGAUGGUGCAGAAAGCCAUACAGGGGAAUAAGAGACAAAAAACGUCAGCAUCGCAUUAUGUAGGAUGUAUCGCUCCUGUAUUGGAUUCAGUUUUGAUCUCUUGAGUACUCUGCACUAGAUUAAAGUGAUGGAGUGAAUACGUUGCAAUGAGAAAAGAUUUGUUUAAGUUCGGCUGUUUUUGUAAUAUGAAACUUUUUAUUAAACCUUUCAUGACUACAUACUGUGUGUCAAUAAUUCAGCUCUCCAGAAAGCUAGGAUUGAGAUUAAUACGCCAGUCUCCAAGAUUACAAAUAAAAACAUUUGUUAUUGUGUUGUUU